GGUCCCUGAGCGCGCGUUCUCUUGAGGAGUGUGUGACGGGUGUACUGGGACGUACGUGUGAUAGGAACGUGGGUGAGCCCAACGUGUGGCAUGGGGUGUUGCGGAGCCUCCCUGAGCCCGACCUCAGCUGCGCGCAGGGCCGGGGCUCCGUGCGUGUGAUCGUGCAGCUGCGAGUUCGUGGCGACCCACGAGGCUCCUCUGGGCGCGGGAGGCUACGGAGCUGCCCACUCCUGCAGGGACGCCACCGCCGAGGGGGCCAUGGAGAUCCCGAAGCCCGAGGGGACAGCUUUUUCCUCUCAGGAUCCUGCUCUUUCCCUCAAAGGCAAUCCAGAGGAUAUAGCCGACUGGGAUCUUCUGGAAGCCAGAUAUGAGGAAUCAGUGACUUUCAAGGAUGUGGCUGUGGACUUCACCCAGGAGGAAUGGGGUCAGCUGGACUCCCCUCAGAGAGCCCUGUACCGGGAUGUGAUGUUGGAAAACUACCAGAACCUUCUUGCCCUUGGGCCUCCAGUCCAUAAGCCAGAUGUGAUCUUCUAUCUGGAACGAGGUGAGGAGCCAUGGUACGUGCAGAGGGAAGUCCCUGGAGGGCCUUGUCCAGAAUGGGAACCUAGGCCUGAGAUAAAGGAAGAGUUAUCCCAGCAACAGGAUAUUUGUAAAAAAGAACCAUUCCCAGAGCUGAUUAUGGAGCGGCUGACGAGACCCAGCCUUCAUGACAGCAGCCUAGGCAGGGCAUGGGCCUGGGAGGACCAGGUAGAUGCUCUCCAGAUGAGCCUGGCAGCACCCUGGAAGCAAGAGCCUACCACCCCUGGGGACAUCCCCAUGGAGGAGAGUUGUUGGGGACCCAGCGAGUCUGAGGAAAGUUUCCCUCUUAAGUGCGCCCUGUUUGCCCCACAAGGCAUUCCCAUGGGAGGACACUCUCUGCACCCUUGCGUGGAGGACGUUCAGUCUGUGAAGGGUAGAGCCAAAGCCUCCCCAAGCCUGUGUGCAGGGGAAACCUCUCUCAGGUCAGGGGAGCAUGGGAAGUUCCCCCACGCACAAGUGGAUACUGGGGAGGGCCUGUUUGUGUGUGGUGAGUGUGGGAAGGCCUUCCCCCAGAGCACUUCCCUCACAUUGCAUCGGCGCUGGCACAGCCGGGAGAAGGCCUACAAGUGCACCGAGUGCGGCAAGGCCUUCACCUGGAGCACCAACCUACUGGAGCACCGGCGCAUUCACACAGGUGAGAAGCCCUUCUUCUGUGGCGAAUGCGGCAAGGCCUUCAGUUGCCACUCAUCCCUCAACGUGCACCACCGGCUCCACACAGGCGAACGGCCCUACAAAUGCAGCGUCUGUGACAAGGCCUUCAGCUGCAGCUCACUGCUCAACAUGCACCUGCGGGUGCACACUGGCGAGAAGCCCUACAAGUGCGGCGAGUGCGGCAAGGCCUUCAACCAGCGCACACACCUCACACGCCACCACCGCAUCCACACGGGCGAGAAACCCUACAAGUGUGGUGCGUGUGGCAAGGCCUUCACCUGCCACUCAUCCCUCACGGUGCACGAGAAGAUCCACAAUGGGGACAGGCCAUUCAAGUGCAGCGAGUGUGAGAAGGCCUUCAACAGCCGCUCGCGCCUCACGCUGCACCAGAGGACACACACGGGCGAGAAGCCCUUCAAGUGCGCCGACUGCGGGAAGGCCUUCAGCUGCCAUGCCUACCUCCUAGUGCACCGGCGCAUCCACAGUGGCGAGAGGCCCUUCAAGUGCAACGAGUGCGGCAAGGCCUUCAGCUCCCACUCCUACCUCAUUGUGCACCAGCGUGUCCACACGGGUGAGAAGCCCUUUGACUGCAGCAAGUGCUGGAAGGCCUUCAGCUGCCACUCAUCGCUCAUAGUGCACCAGCGCGUCCACACUGGGGAAAAGCCCUACAAGUGCCACGAAUGUGGCAAGGCCUUCAGCCAGAACCACUGUCUCAUCAAACACCAGAAAGUCCACUCCGGAGAGAAGCCCUUCAAGUGUGAUGAGUGCGGCGAGAUGUUCAGCUGGAGUUCACACCUCGCGGAGCACCGCAGGCUGCACAGCGAGGGGAGGUCUUUUGCCAUCCAGCUCAACAAACACUUGCUGAGCACAUACUAUGUGCCCAGCAGCCUGCUGGGUGCAGGGGAUAUGGGGGUGAGGGACGUGGCCCCAAUGGACACAUUGGAUGUGGCAAAGCUAUUGUGUGUGGCUCAGCCCGCGGCUGGCAGGAAGUUCCCUCUGGGGAGCAAACCUCGCAGUUAACUGACGUGGUCUCGUGUUGGUGGCCACUUUCUGAGCUGCCCUAUGAGAAACAUGCUCCUGUUCCUUCUUGGCUCCUAGAUCCAGGUGCUGGCUUCCCCAGAUGCAUGAGUCCUGCCUUAUUGCCCCAUCGGAUCUCCAUGCUUGGAGCUCCCCUGGAAGAGAUGCGCUUUAGAAGGAGUGGCUUAAGGGCUAUUCGCGGUAGUCCUGUCAACUGUUUGAUGGGCCUGGAAGUCGUUGAGAAGGGGAGUAGAUCUUUCCUGUAGAUCAGAAGAAGCUAUGUCACUGUGUCCUCGGACAAACUCCUGAUGUGGGUUCAAGUGGGAAUUUCCUCUGUAAACUUUUCAGAAGAAUAGCAAUAAUAAAACAAAAAAUAUGAAUAACAUUA